AUGCUGAAGCAACUAUAUGUGAAUAUUCUUUUCACUGAGGUAAUCACUCAGAUGCCUGCAUAUGCUAAAUUUUGGAAAGAAAUUUUAUCCAGCAAGAGAAAAUUGGAGGAAAUAUCAGUAGUCAAGUUGAAUGCUCAUUGUAGUGCCAUCCUUCAAAAUAAACUACCUCAGAAAUGUGGUGAUCUGGGUAGUUUCACUAUUCCAUGUGUGAUAGGGACUACUGGAUUUGAGAAAUCCUUGUGUGACUCAAGAGCUUCUAUAAACCUCUUGCCUUUAUCUUUGGCAGACCAAUCCACCAUUAUUCCUGAAGGGAUAGUUGAAGAUGUUCUAGUUAAGGUGGACAAUUUUAUGUUUCCAGUAAAUUUUAUCAUGGUGGACAUGGAAGAAAAUAAAGAGGUUCCAUUAAUUCUUGCUCGACCGUUCCUAGCUUAUGGUAGAGCAAUAUUUGAUGUGUAUGAAGGGAAACUGAUGCUUAUAGUUGGAGAGGAAGAGGUAGUAUUCAAUAUGAAGAAGGUGGAUGAGCUCACAGUUAACACAACCAAGUCGGAUAGAAAAAUCAUGGAAUGGGAAAGGUGUUCAGACGCGGAAGUAUAG